AUGUGCCUUGUUACAAAAGCUGUGCAUUUAGAGCUGGCUAGCGAUCUAUCGCCGGAGACGUUUCUUUCUGCCUUGCAGCGUUUCAUUGCAAGAAGAAGAGGAAUUCAGACAAUUUUUUGUGACAACGCCACUAACUUCGUCGGAGCAAGUAAACAAUUGAAGCUGAUGCAAACUGCAGCUCAACAAGAAUUUAUCAAUUUUAAGUUUUCACCACCCUCUGGUCCCCAUUUCAACGGACUAGCAGAGGCAGGUAUCAAAUCCGUGAAACUCCAUUUAACGAAAGUAAUUGUCGAUCAAGUGCUUUCGUACGAAGAAUUCAACACCAUUUUGACGUUGGUCGAAUCCAGUUUGAAUUCGCGUCCACUGAUACCGCUGUCCUCAGACAUUGAAAGUGUUGAUAUUUUGACGCCCGGACACUUUCUCAUGAUGGAACCGCCAUCUGCAGUUCCCACUCCAGAGUUUUCUGAGAUACCUUUAAACCGUUUAUCGAGAUAG